AUGGACGCACGUAGACGAGACAGGGAGCAAAUUGGGUUAUGUGGUGUUGACAGAAUUUGGGGAAAAUCACCAACGCGAAUCGAAGAUUCUGACGAAGAUGAGGAAAUUAACAGAUACCAAAGUAGCAUUAUACCAAAAGACAGAAAGAGGAAACAAGAGAUGAAGAAAAAAAAAAAAUGGGUAGAAAAGAAUGGAGAGAAUGACAGAGCGAAGGUUAAGAAAGGAUCAAGUUCAGAUGAAAGUGGAGACGAAGUAGUAGGACCAGUUCAAAAACCACAUGUGACAUUAUCUGCUAAAGAUUUUGGCAAGGCUCUUUUGCCUGGUGAAGGUGCUGCUAUGGCUGCAUAUGUUGCAGAAGGAAAACGUAUACCGAGAAGAGGUGAAAUUGGGUUAACUUCAGAAGAAAUUGCUGCAUAUGAAUCUGUUGGUUAUGUUAUGAGUGGUAGCAGACAUCGACGAAUGGAAGCUGUUCGUAUUCGCAAGGAGAACCAGAUUUAUUCUGCUGAUGAAAAACGAGCAUUGGCUAUGUUUAGUAAAGAAGAACGACAGAAGAGAGAAAAUCUUAUUUUAGGACAGUUCAGAGAGAUGGUUAAUCAAAAGUUAGCACAAGAACAGAAGAAAAAAUAA